AUGGCAUUUGCCAAGGAAUCUUUAAUGAACCGCAUGAAGAUCUCAGAUCGCCAUUGUGUCAUGUCAUUUCAAAGUGUGUUUAUAAAAGUUUAUUUUGUUUUAGUCGCCACCAACACGCCGUGUGCACUUCGUUCUUCUAAGUAUGGAUUUGUUUGUUUCUGCAAUGUUACUUAUUGCGAUUACCUGGAACCUGUCAGUCCUAAAGUCGAUGGUUUUGUCCUGACCUCGUCAAGCAAAGAAGGAUUACGUUUUUCUAGAAAAAUAGGUCAAUUUUCUAAUAACACAAUAAAAAUCAAUGACUACUCAGAAUUGAAGGACAUUACCAACGAACCAAAUGUCCAGCUGAUUAAGAGAGGAAACAGAGAAAAUAAAAUUAUACAAUCAAAAGCUUCAAAGCCUCGAGACGUAACUAUUAAAAUUGAUCGAACUAAAAAAUAUCAGGAAAUUGUUGGUUUUGGAGGAGCGUUUACUGGUGCGGUAUCAGAUAAUUUGAAGCAUUUACCCCAAGAAUUGCAAGAUGCAGUUUAUCUAUCAUACUUCUCAAAAAAAGGAAUUGGUUACAGCAUGAUUCGCAUGCCAAUUGGUGGUUGUGAUUUUGAUUUAGAACCUUGGGCUUACAACGAGCUUCCAGAAAAUGAUGUCACCUUAUCUAAUUUUACUAAAUUAAACUAUCUUGAUGAAACCAAAAUAGAACAAAUUAAUCGACUAAAAUCAGUUGCAAAUAUAACAAAUAUAAAAAUUAUGGGAACAGCAUGGAGUCCACCGAAAUGGAUGAAAACUAUAAAUUCAUGGACUGGACUAAAUUUUCUCCAAACAAAAUACUAUCAAACCUGGGCUGAUUAUCAUCUAAGAUUCAUCGAACUAAUGGCUUCUAAAAAUAUGCCGAUUUGGGCCAUCACAACCGGCAACGAGCCAUUGAAUGGCGUUAUCGGUUGGGUUUUUGUACAUUUCAUGAGUCUCGGAUGGACAGCAAGCAGUCAAGCCGAGUGGGUUGCAGAUAAUUUAGGACCGACCAUAAGGAAUUCAAAAUUUAAAGAUGUUAAAAUUUUCAGCAACGAUGAUCAAAGAUACACGUUCCCGUCUUGGUUCGAAUCGAUGAAUGAAACUAGAAAAGAAUCAAUAGACUAUUUAGAUGGAUUAGGAGUACAUUGGUAUUGGGAUGAAUAUUUAGGACCAAGUUUGAUUGAUCAAGCUCACGAACUUAUGCCUAAUAAAUUGAUUUUCAAUACGGAAUCAUCUUUGGGCGAUAAACCUACAAAUAUACACGCACCGUUGUUGGGUUCCUGGAAACGUGCUGAGAAAUAUGCACGUUCUUAUUUGGAGGAUCUUCAACAUUCUUUUAAUGGAUACUUUGAUUGGAAUUUGAUAUUAAAUGAACAAGGUGGACCGAGUUAUGCUGACAAUUUUAUCGAUACUGCAGUUGUUGUAAAUACUACAAGUGGCCAAGAAAUAUACAAACAACCAAUCUUCUAUGUUAUUGGACAUUUUUCAAAAUUCAUUCCCGAAGGAUCAAUAAGGAUAGAUGCUGAACGUUCAAAUACAAAUAUUAACACUGUUGCAUUUGUUCGUCCCGAUGGAACAAUUACUUGUAUCUUCUACAAUAGUGCAAAAGAUGAAGUAGCCGUUACCCUUGUCGAUAGUAUCCGAGGCAACAUCGAAAUUACAAUUCCACCAAAAUCAUUGCACACAAUUGAGUAUAAUUAAGAUUUUUUGACAGAAGUCCAAACGAUUAAAAGAGGCCAAAGAUCAUUUUGAGAUUGCUUUGUGUGCAUGCAUUAUUUGAAUGUGUUUUUAAGACUUGCAACAAAGUCGCAUUGAAUUGAAUUUAAUUUG